GUGUGAAGGAUUGGAAGACUGUAAUGGCAUGUGCUCAUUCAGAGGGAAGGAGCUGCUGUACAGGAAUGUCCUGCAUUUCCAGCAGCUGUUCACAAGAAGCAGCUGCCUGAACUAGAUAGGAAGUCACCUGUACAGUGUCCACUUUCACAGCUGUAUGUUGGGGGACCUGCGACUGGCUGACACAGAAGGUUGCUUGUAAAAUUGGACUUAAUGAGCAGCAUUUUUACAAUUUGUCGUCCUGACAGCAAGCUUUGAUAUGGAUAAUACAGAAAAUAUCAAUGGAAAUGUUUAUGGAAAAGAGGAAAGUUCCUCAAAUGGUGAUGACGAAAGAGAUGCUAAAUCUGCCUAUUUUGUGGAAACACCUUAUGGAUACCAGAUAGACCUGGAUUUCCUUAAGUAUGUGGAGGACAUACAAAAGGGUAACACUUUAAAGAAAAUUGCCAUUGCAAAGAAGCGCAAGUUGGUCCCUCAUUUUCCAGAAGGUAGGACAGAGUCCUGCCAGGGAGCUGGAUGGCCCUCUACAGAUUCACUUUCAUCUUCUAACAGUGAUGAACAUAAACAAUCACCUUUUGUAAUUGCCAGGCGACAUACAGUUUCUGGCUCUGCUAAAUCUUUUCACUCUCAAGAAGCAUCUCCAAAUUAUUUAGCCAUCCCUGAGAAUAAACCAUUGCCGCCUCCUUCCCCACAGCUUCCCAAACACAAUUUUCAUGUUACCAAAACUCUGAUGGAGACCCGUAGGAGACUGGAGCAAGAAAAAGUAAUCAUGCAGGUAGCUUCAUCCAUCAGUGAUGUUCGUAGGCCAAGGCUGGCAAGUUUUGGAGGUAUGGGCUCUACGGGGUCACUCUCAUCAUUCCCUGGGUCAACUGGACACAGCACAAGUGCUCAACAGCUUCCAAAUGGCCACCAAGCCACUAGUGAUUACGGUGCCUUCUUUGCUUCCUCUUUAGGAAGUUCUAUCCGUCACAGUCCUCUAAGUUCUGGAGUUACUACACCGGUUACUAAUGUGAGCCCUAUGCAUCUCCAGCAUAUCAGGGAGCAAAUGUCUAUUGCACUUAAGCGCCUUAAAGAGCUAGAGGAGCAGGUAAAAACUAUCCCUAUACUUCAGGUAAAAAUUUCAGUGUUACAGGAAGAGAAAAGGCAGCUUAUGUCUGAAAUUAAGAGCCAAAAAGGUAGCAGCCAGAAGGAUACUACAGGUUUCCGAAAGAGAUCUUACAGUGCGGGUAAUGCUGCUGGGUUUGAAACCUCACAUACACCAGUUAAAUCUGGUGGGGAAUUGCAUAUAGAUUCUGAUGAUGACACAGAAACUCAGGAACAAAAUACACAGACACUGAAAGAGUUUAGACAGCUAACUGCUGAAAUGCAAUCUUUGGAGAAAAAGAUCCAAGACAGCAGUUUUGAUGCUUAUUGUUCUCCUCCACAAUCUAAGGAAAAGAAAGCUAAAGAAAAAUGUUGCCGUUCUGUUGCUGUUGGGGCAGAUGAAAACAUGAAUGAUGUAGUGAUGUACUACAGAUCUGCAAAUCUGAGCAGAGAUGCCUCUGUAGGUACUGAAAUGGACGUAAGAAGCACUGGGGUUGGGGUAACAGAGGAAUUGCUUGGGGUGACUACUGAUGCUGAAAGAGAAGUUGAACUUCAACAGCAAACUAUUGAAGCACUUAAAGAUAAAAUUUACCGACUUGAAACAGACUUGAGGGAAACCACCUAUGAAAUGGAGAUGACUAAAUUGAAAUUGGAGAUAAGAGCAGCAGGCUCAAGGCAAAAAGUAGAUAAAGCAGUGAUGGCACAGCCCUUGACUUGUGACAAGAUGGUUGAAGCAGUAGUAGAAAUGAGUGACCAAAGCAAUGGGGAUUACUUGGAUGUGGUUGAUUCUUGUGUAGGUAACUACAUGCAGAUGAGCAGCAUUGGAAUUUCUUGUCGUCCUGCUCUCCAGAGUAUUGCUACUGGCCCUGACUUCCCAAUGAAUCACUGGAUUGUAAAAGCUCAAGUAGAUAUGUAUGACAAGAGUGUUGGGUUGGAACUAGGAAUGUGUGACAAAAGUGUUGGCAUGGACCCAAUGAUCAGUGAUGUGGGACUCUACGUAUUAGAAGACAUAGGCAAGCAGGGGCAUAAAAAGACAACACCUAAAGAUGUGAAAUCUAUUGGAUGUGGCGAUUGUUCAGUGGAUGUUACAGUUAAACCAUUGUUGGAUUAUUUGUCAUGUGGAGUCAAUACAGAACUUGUAACCAAAGUAGAUUCAGCCGUAACAGCUUCUCCUUGGACUGCUAACCAGCAAACUAACACUGAACUGGAGCUAGCAAGCCAGUCCACCAACACACAUGUGCCAAGUCUUGUAGAUACAAGCACAAAUACAGCCAUCAGCAUGAACAGUAAACAAACAAACACAGAAACUGUGGAAAUGCGUUCCGUGGCCAUAGGAGAUGGUAAAGUCAAGGAAGUCAAUGCUAUACCAAAAACACGUUCAAUUGGAGUAUGCACUUCUGAAUCUGAAAAUGUAUCUUCAGUCCGUAAGACCAAAGAUUUUGGAAUUGGGCAAAUAAAUGUGUUGGAUAAUUUCCUGAUAGGUGUUAAGGUACGAAGCAUAGCCUGUGGUCCUAGUGAAGCCAUUCCCCUUUCGACUGACCCAAGAAAUAUAGCAGUUGGAGAUGAACCCCAUGAGCAACAAAAUAUUACUUCAGUAACCAGUGCAUCAGAGACUGAAUCUCCUGCCAUAGACCAUUACAUUGAACGUGUGCAGAAGUUGCUACAGGAACAGCAAAUGCUUCUUGCUGAGAAUUACACUGAACUGGCUGAAACCUUUGGAGAGCCGUAUUCACAGAUAGGCUCCCUUAAUUCCCAACUGAUCAACACCAUCUCAUCCAUUAACUCUGUAAUGAAGUAUGGCAGCAAUGAAGAACUUCAGACCUCAGGAAUGCAGAAAAAAUCAAUGGAGAUGGACUCCUUUUCAGGAACGAAUGUGGACAGCAUAUCCCAGACCCAGGUAACCACUGAGUAUGCCACUUCCAGUGCUCAAACUGUUGGCCUUCAAAACCAAGCAGGCAUUUCAAAACUAAAAAGGCUGAAUAUUGUUCAAACAACAGAGUGUAGCACUGAGUCAGCUCUUACAGUCAGCUCUGUCACUACAACAGAGUUAUCCAGUGAAAACCCAGCUUCUUCUGUUUAUGUGAGUGCCAGCAGUCAGAAUACACUUAAAUCCAUCAUGAAAAGAAAGAGUGAGAAGAGUGAGUCUUCAAAUACCAAGAAAAAUCUUCAGUUUGUUGGCAUUAAUGGAGGGUAUGAAACUACUUCCAGUGAUGAUUCUAGCUCAGAUGAAAGUUCUUCCACUGAAUCAGAUGACGAAUGUGAAGAGGAAGAAGUCUUUAAUGAGGAGUCUGAAGUCAUACAUAAAGAAGUGGAAAGUGGAGAUGCAGGAGUCUCUGAACCACUGCGUAAUGCUGAGAAAGAUGAGAGCGAGACAGAGAAAGUGGAGAUUAGAGAAAGGUAUGAGUUAAGUGAAAAGAUGGUAUCUGCAUGCAACGUGCUAAAAGAUGCAGUUGAUGACCCACGAGCUUUAGCAAACAAGGAUGUGAGGUUGUGUUUGAACACUAUCCAAAACGAAUGGUUCAAGGUAUCGAGUCAGAAAUCUGCCAUUCCUGCCAUGGUGGAGGAUUACGUUGCCGCAUUUACUGAUCUUUCACCAUCUGUUCUGCGCUAUAUUAUCAACAUGGCUGAUGGCAAUGGAAACACAGCACUUCACUACAGCGUCUCCCAUUCCAACUUUGAGAUUGUCAAGAUGCUGCUGGAUGCAGAUGUGUGUAAUGUAGAUCACCAGAACAAGGCUGGCUACACUCCCAUCAUGCUCGCUGCUCUGGCAGCUGUAGAAGCAGCCAAGGAUAUGCGUGUGGUAGGGGAGCUUUUCAGCUGUGGAGAUGUUAAUGCCAAAGCCAGCCAGGCUGGCCAGACUGCUUUAAUGCUUGCAGUGAGUCAUGGCAGGAUAGACAUGGUCAAAGCUCUCCUGGCCUGUGGAGCAGAUGUGAACAUUCAGGAUGAUGAAGGCUCAACGGCACUGAUGUGUGCAAGUGAACACGGACACGUAGAAAUAGUAAAACUGCUGCUCGGCCAGCUUGGCUGCAAUGCUGCCUUAGAGGACAAUGAUGGUAGCUCAGCUAUGUCAAUUGCCUUGGAUGCCGGUCAUAAAGAUAUAGCUGUCCUUCUUUAUGCCCACGUCAAUUUCUCUAAAACACCAUCACCAGGCACACCCAGACUAAGCAAAAAACUUCCACCCAGUCCAACACAAAGAGGACCAUUCGACAAUUAAAAUGUAUUUGCCAUCUCUGACCUGCUGCUACCUGUACCUGUGUCUGACAGAUGCUGAAUGUACCUGUUUUUCGUGCCUGAAUGCACCAGCAGACUAAAGCAAUAUCUAUGUAGAUAUAAUGGGAAGUCUGAUAACUGGAACAAAGCUAUGUUGAGCAUGUGCUCUCUCCUGCCAUUGGACACCCUUGGAAUUAUAAAACAAUGAGUUUAUUAUA